AUGGGACUGUGCAAUUUAGGAAAGAUUGUGGUGGAGGUGGAGGAAGGGAUUAGGAUAUUAGCUUCUGUUUUUGAAUUCUGGCCUUGGGCUGAAUCUAUAUACGACUCAAAUUUGUUCGAUGCUUUCGUGCGUUUUUCUUUUAAAAAUGGCUUAAAAUCACAUAGUUUUGUUCACACAACUGAUAAACCUUAUUCUUGUAUUGUCUGUAAUAAAAGAUUUACACAAAAGCAUCAGUUAAAAGCGCACAAUCUUGUUCAUAGUAAAGAAAAGAUUUAUUCUUGUAGUAUGUGCUCCAUGAGUUUUACUGAAAAACACCAUUUAAUUUCAAAUACUUUCGUCCAUACUAAAGAAAAACCUUUCACUUGUGGUAUAUGUCAGAGAAGUUUUUCACUUUAA